AUGAUCGUGUUUCUUAUUGUUUUAUUUUAUACAAUGUGCGGUGAAGCUAGAAGUGAUUCAGACUCCACCUAUUACAUCAUAUCAAAUGAAACGCAAGAUGAAAUAAAUCUAGAAAAUGCAACAGAACUUAUACCAAACAUAGCUCAAAGCAACGAUACUAUACUCUUUGACACGUUUGUAAACGUUUUAAUAGAAGUAUCAACUGAACAACUGAGAUACGUUAAGUUUAAUAUUAUGAAUAAUUAUGAUUUGAGUCCACCUGAUGUAGCAGAUAUAAAAAAAGCUUUCAUUAACAUCGAGGAAAGGUAUACGGAGAUGGUCAACAAUAAAUUGAAGACGUUGCUAGGAGCAAAACCUAUCAAUGUCACAGAUCAUUUCAUGCUUGAUUUUAUGGAUGUCUCUAAUUAUAUUCUAGAAAAAGUAUUAAGGCAUCACGUGAAAAAUGUGAAGGGAAAAAUGCUGGAGCAUACGAAAUGGUACAGACAGACAUUGAAAGAGAAGAUAUUAAGACAACAGAUGAAGAUUUCUUUUAAUUACAUAGAAAACAAUAUAUGCGAUACUCUACAGAUUUGUAGAGACAGAUUUUAUUAUAGUGACUAUCUUACAGAUUGGUUAAGGACGAUCAUGAAUUUAUCGUCACGGGACUUGAAGCGAUUCUUCGUCCCGGUAACAGAGAUUUUAGAAACGCACAAAUAUUUUAUAAAGACUAACGUAAAGUUUCGACAAACUGUUAAAUAUAUAAUCAACGCCGAAGCCAUCGUUAAAAGGGAUACCUUGGACUUCGUCGAUGAAAUUUUGGUGAAUCCUGACAAAAUUUUGAAAUUAGCUCCGGACACUUUGAAACCCAGUAUUACACUUUUGCGAAAACUAUUUAACCUUAUCGAUGGAGUUUACGAUGUGAAUGACCAAAAUAUAGAAAAUCUAGAAAACGUAACCGAGAUGCUAAGAGAUUGGAUCGAAGGCAAAACUUUUGAUAUUCAUAAAGUGUUGAACACAAUUGUAGAAAACAUGAAAAUCAACGUAAAAAUAUGGCCGCUGGACAUUCAGAAUAAAAUAUACUAUGUAUGGUCCGAGAUUAUAGCGUUGUAA